GCCAGAAAAUGAUUUAUAUAAUAUACAAUGCAAAACAAAACGCCGGGAUAUUUUAUUAUUAAAUAACAAAUUGGUUAUAGAUAAACUCAACGUUUUAAAGUAAUUUUAAUAAAAUAAUGACUUUAUGAUAAUUAUUUAUGAUGUCAAAUAGAGAAACAUAGCACUUAUAACUGCUAAACUAUUUAACAAGAUAUUUAAUCAACAAGAACUGGAACAGUAUGUUAUACGUGUGGUGACUAUUACAUGAAUCUACUUUUCGACUUGGACAACGAUGGAGGAGUUUACUUUUUAAGUUACGAGAUCUACAAAUCCGUCGAGGACACGAUUUUGGAGUACCAGGAGGAGAUAGCGAUCAGGGAGCGGGAGAACGACCAUUUGAGACGCAGGCUGCGAGACGCUGGAAUUGAGAUAUGGCCAGAUCGUCCUUCCAUGACACUGUUGGACGAAGAGGAUGGCGAGCACCCACGGCGUGAGUGGAGUCCCAGCAUGGGGCAUGAAGAACGCAUCCCUAUUCAGAUUAAGGAUAAAAGAGAUCUCCGGGCCAACCAAGGAGAUGAUCAGCUCCGUGGCCAUGGUUCUUGCAGCACACCAGAGAACUUGUUCACCCCCCCACGCGUUGUUAAUGAGUAUCCGCAAGAUGGCCCCCAUACAGCCAACCUCCCGCAGAGUCAAGGUGUGGAGAACAGGGAGAGGGAUCCUGCAUUCCGAGGCUCCUCGAGGCAUGUGAAGGUGGAGAGUGGAGGCCAUAGGGGUUCCACUUCUUCCAACAGCGGCGCCCAGCCACUCGCACCAGUCAACCCAAACUGCUCAAAUGAGAACAACAUUGACAUUAUCGGGGUGGAGAAUGGAGGACAGAUGGUUGGUGUUAAGGGCAAUGGAAGUGGAGCCAACAGAGGACAGGCCUCUCACAUGCGCAACCAAGGAGCCAAUGCCGUGGACUGCCCCCAUCAAAAAUCUCCCUUACAAGGCCACAUGUCUUCCUUUUCCUGCAAGGUCUGUGGUGAGGCGUUCAGUCAUGUUGGCCACCUGCACGUACAUGUACAAGUGCACACUCGAGAAAAACCUUAUCGCUGUGGAGUAUGCGGGAAAUGCUGCAGCUCCUCUGGCAGACUCCAGGAGCACCAGCGGAGCCACACAGGAGAAAAACCAUUUCGCUGUCAGAUUUGUGGAAAAGGCUUCACUCAGAUGGCUCACUUGAAAGUGCACAUGAGGAUCCAUACUGGGGAGAAGCCGUACAGUUGCCCUGUGUGUGGCAAAUGCUUCAGCCGUUCUGACAAAAUCAAAAGGCAUCUCCAGACCCAUAGCCGGGAGGGGACAUAUUUCGCAGGGCAAUGAUCCAAGUGUGUUGUUAAACGAUCCUGUUUGUUAAUCAUAUUGAUGAGGGAUAUUUUCUACAAAAAGCUCAAAUUGCUGCCAUUAAAACACUGCUUUUGUUUCUUACUGUCCAAAAAACGAGGGUUUCUGAAACUCAUGGAGAAAAUUUCUUAUCUAACCUAACACUGCUCCAUGCCAUAGUCCCUUAAUAGAAUUUGUAUUAGCCAGUUUAGUAUGUCACCUGUCACUGAGUAUUACAUCUCUUAAGACACAAUGAGUUAUUAGCUAGCUUUUCUGAAUUAUUAGUCUCUCCGUAGUCAUAUAAUUAGCAUGACGAAGUCUUCCACACAUGCCCUGAAACUGAGAAACUACACUUAGAAAUGCAAUAUUGUUCAACAUGGUCUUAGCUUAUCAUCAGCCUGUCACUUCAUAUCCAUAAGUUUACUCUUGAGAAUUAUAUCUGCAUACUUGACAUUUAUCUUUGAAUCGUUAUUUUACGAUUAAGAGUCGGCGCAUGAAGUGAUCUCCAUUUUCUCAUUUAGCUAGAGAAUCGUUGGACUGUGUGUCAUUUGCCGGUAACUUUGCCAGUAGUCAUUUUGAAUUUUUUUUAAUGAAGCAAUUAAACAAUGAUACAACAUUUUGGCGAGUGAAAAGCCACUGAUAUGAGCCCAAAAACUGCAAAGCUGGACUGACUUACAAGUUUCACCCAGCACUCACCUCCAUCUUAGUCUUUAUUUUAACUUGAUUUUUCUUCUGAUUGCUGUUACAUUGUUGCAGAGCUAAAUACUGCCAUCUCAUAUAGACGGUGCUUCAUGUUGUCCAUUGAAAUAUGGUUGAAUCUGUUGUGAGACUGCUCCACUAUUGUGUGAAGUAACGCAAUAUUCUGUCAAAUGCCAUUUUCAAAUAUUGUGUUUAUUUUUGAAUGACUUCUGUAUGAAUGCACAAUGGCAUCUGUAUGAACCGGUGCAGCAUUCCUCCCUCCAUAAUAGGGCCCUACAGUAUUACAUGAAUCUGUCAGCGGUUCUACAGGAGUCUCAGUCUAUAUUUAUGCACACCUUUGUGCCAUCACAACUGUCAUCCACGUGUGAGGUUAUUUUGGAGUGGCCUCGGUUGGUUUUACAGGUCAUGGUUUGAUUAUUGUGAAAUGGGACAGGGUAGUUCCUUUGCCCAUCUUGGACAGACUCCCCAAACAGUGUAGGUGACCCUACAGUCACCUUCCUCCUCUCAGGACUAAUGCUGCAUUCAUGGCAUGAGGGCAUACCAGAAUGUCUGACCUGAAACAACUAUCAUAAAACUCUGGGUUUGAGAGUUUUUUUUGCUGAAUUUGUCCCUGUGUGUUGCAGUCUUUAACAUGACCUUAACAAUCAAAAUAUGAAUAACAAUUUGCAUCUGAAUCUGUCUGCAAGAAGAUGAACUACAUAAAGUCUGAAACCUUCAGAGCGGGUCAGACACUCGUUGAUGAGGUGACCCCUCCAUUCUCGAUGAACACAGCAUGAGAACUCCUCACAGCUGACCAGCAGCCCUUCACUCAGUCUUCUCUGGGAGACCUUUGCUCCCCCGGCGCACACAAACUAAUGUACAGGCAUUUUAUCAUUGCGUAUUGAAUGUUACUUUUUAAUAAAGUAGCAAUUGAGUUAUCCAA